UUUGGAUUCAACAACAAAAUUGCAUAUCGUUAGGCUGUAGUUACGCUAUAAUCCUUAUUUAAUCUGUGAUAUAUCCUUGCAAUAACUUCGGUAGUCUGAAAAAGUUCUACGCAUACCGUACCAGGAAUUUCCUUUUGGAACGUUAUUGCCAACAAUUGAAAGAACUCGAAGGAGUGGAGUCGGUCGAAUAACAAGAUACAAUGAAUCAGAAGACAUUCGUGGAAUGGAAAUUUGUUAUAUGGAAAAGAAAUUUGAAUGGAGAAUUCACGGUCUCUGGAGUCCUUGUCUUUUGCAGAGCUUGAAGCUUUGCUAUCAAGGCAAAUAGAUUUACAUAAGAGUCUUUUUUACAGACUGCCUGAUUCAGGUGGAAAGUUAUUGAAGUCUAUCGAAAAGAUUAAAUCAAUUUUGGCUGAGAAGAAGGUCUGUACUUCCAUAAAAGAUACCGAAAGAUAUAUGCUGUCAAACGAGCAGACGAAAGUCACUCAAGAAUUAUUGAGGUCUACUUUGAAGCCUCAGGAAAAUAAUACAGUGAACAAUGUCGAUAUAAAUCUCGAAGAUAAUUACAUAGAUACUCUCUCAAACGUUCUCUCCAACAUAUCCGUCAACCUAUCUAAUUGUGAUGUCACUGAUUCAGAAUCAUAUGUAAAUUGUGAUUCAAUUCCAUGUAUAUCGCUUGAUGAGUAUACGUCCAUUAGACAGUCAUUGAAUCUUCCUUGCUCAUAUACAUUAAGUUCAUUUCGGUGGUUCACAUUCGCUAUUCGGUUUGUCGGCAAUCUAGUUUAUCUUUCUGUGGUCGAUUGUAGAGAUCCAAAUAGGAAUCUUUUACGUGUUGGCCUUGCUAAGACAUGGUUUCCCGGUUGGGAUUCCUUCAAUACAAAAUUUAUACCUGAUGAAAAUGUACAAAUAAAAAAGAUAUCACUCUGUCAACCAACUCAUGCAUUACAUGAUUUAUGGCUGUUUUUAUCAACAGGUACUGAUCAAAAUACAAUAGUAUUAUCAAAUAAAGAGGUAUACUGUCUUAUAUGUUAUCCAUUAAACAAUAAUAACACUAAUCCGGAUGAUAUAAUCUGUCUUAGCCGAUUGAUACGUUCUACUCGUCAUUCAAAUAUUGUUCGAUCAAUUCAACCAUAUGAUUGUUAUUUCACUAAUGCUCAAUACGCUUUGAUAACAAUUGUCUCCAAUGGUUGUAAUGAUAAUAAUCUUGAUAAAAUUGUUCAUUUCAUGAAUGAUAUGAAAAAACGAACUAAUAAUGAAUUAUCAAUUAACAAUAAUAAUAAUAAUAAUAAUAAUAAUAAUAAUAUCAAUAAUAAGGUUACUACUUUUACUAAUGAUAUAACAGUGAUCGGUGAACAAUUUAUUAAAGAAUGUUGUAAACUCUCUGAAUUAUUAUUUUAUCAAUCACCUACCGAUGAUAAUAUUAACAAGACACAAAGCAUAAAAUUACGAUAUUUUUCAACUCCAAUGGAUUAUUUAAAAUUAUCUAAAGUUAAAACAAUGAUAUGGAUGGAGGCUCCUAUGGAGUUAUACUUGUUGCGCCAGCUCAAAAGUGCUUGCAGUAUCAUGGCAAAUAAAUCCACAUUGACAUCAGCAAACAAUCUGCUCAAUGGUUUGAAUAAAAUACCUGAUGAAAUUUUGCGGCGGUUGGCUCUUGUUGGCUUGGGCAGAACUCGCUUAAUCCGUUUAUCUGGUUUAGGUGGAUGGAAAGGUUUUGCAGGCUUUUUAGCUUUUCGUCCAUCUCCAACUAUUUCACAAAAUAUUACGACUACCAGUUAUACGAUCAAUAAUAAUUCUAAUGGAAAAGCUUUUGUUACUGAUGAUUUGGAAGUUAUUCGCAUACUGUUUGCUUACUUUCGAAAUGUUUAUAUGCACCUUGAUCGUCAUGAAAAGUGUUAUGUGGAAAAUAAUACAAAUUAUAGUCAACAGAUAAAACCAUUCAAAUCUCAUCUAUCCAAUAAAUUGGGUAACCCACUACUGUUAUCCAAUAUAGAUUAUUUUAAUGAUACUAAAACCCAAUUCAGUAGUAAUAAUAAUAAUGAUAAAAAUGAUCAUUACAACCAAUUAUAUCAUGAAAAAAUUCAAGCAUGGACAUCUUCUGGUAAUCAAGUAUACGAUCCAUUCGGUCAUCGUCAGUUAUGCCGUCUUAGUAUGGAACAGUCAAUGGAUUUAAUGAAAAAAGUUCAAGUAAACUAUGAAAAUUGUCGAAUCAAAUACAAGUUACCAUCGUACCCCAGCAUGCCCACAGAAGUGGCCAAGUUGAAUCGUUAUCGUGAUCCAUCAGUACUAUUAAUGAAGGAAAUGGGUUCAUCUUCCUCUUCAUCUUCUACAUCAUCAGAUGCAGAAGACUCUGAUUCCGGUGGUGAUGACUCACUUAGACUUGAAGACGUAGACUAA